UAGUUACUUAAAACCCAAUUGAAGGAAGACAUCUUGGGCAAGUCUAGAAUCUACUCCGCAGUACUCAGAAUCCGGAGAUUUCGUUCGAGCCAAAACCAGAUGGCUUCUUCCCUCAUAGCCUCACAGACCUUAAUCCUCCGAAAACCUACCGUUAUUUCUCCGAACAACCUUACCGCUGCCUAUCCUCUGAGGCUUUCCGUCUCCCUCGCAAACCCUAAAAGGCCGGCAAUGAUUACCGCUUCCUCGUCGACCCUCCUCAGUAACUCAUCUGCCAAAACCUCUGGUUACCAGAACUCCGCUCUAUCGUUGCUCACAGGUUCAACUCGGACAGUGACUACGCUGUUGGCUCUCACUCUAACGGCCUCCAAGCUGUUGGCCGACAAGGUUCUCAAUCUGGGCCUGCAAUUGAAGGGCUUUCAUGGCCGGCCGGAGCCUUUAGUCCACUCCGCCGGCCCGGCUUUUUUCGCCGCAAUUCGGGAUGCUUCCACUGGAACUUUGAACACGCCGUUCACCGUGGUUGCAGCCGGGAUGGCAAAAUGGCUGGAUAUAUACAGCGGGGUUUUGAUGGUUAGGGUUUUGCUGAGCUGGUUCCCCAAUAUACCUUGGGAUAGGCAGCCCUUGUCUGCAAUUAGGGACCUGUGUGAUCCGUAUUUGAAUCUUUUCCGGAAUAUAAUCCCUCCGAUCUUCGAUACCUUAGAUAUCAGUCCGUUGUUGGCUUUUGCCGUUUUGGGGACGCUGGGCUCCAUUUUGAAAAGCAGCAAAGGAUUUUGAAGUGAGCGGAUCAUCGAUCUGACCUGCUGCGUUUGUAUCUCUGGUUAUGGAUUAAGGACAGUUAGUACUAUCAAUUUUGUAACUUUUGGAGAAACUAUAAUACUGCUGUGAUGUUUAUCGCUAGCAAGUAGCCUGUUGGUCCCUGGUUCGUGUUCAAGAGUCCGCUUUUGGUCUAUCUAGCUAUAUAAAUUUGAAUUUUUGCAA